AUGAAGCUAGUUCAUCCAGUUGGAGAAACGUCCGGGUACAUUGUGGAGAUUAUUGCUAAUAACAAACGACUGAGUAACUUGAUAGCAGGUAGUAGCAAUGAGAUUAUCCCACCAGCCAUAGAACAACAAUUGAUGGGCAAUUUGGGCAAGUUUGACGAGAUACUAGACGAUACUAUUAGCAAGUUCAAUGAUGCUAGAUGGUGUAUUGAUCAGAUAGUCGAGAACAGACAGAAGCAAGAGGAGUUGAAGUUGAAGGAGGAAGAAGAAAGACGUAAGAGAGCAGAGGAAGAACUUGAAAGACAACGUCGGUUACAAGAAGAGCUUGAACGGAAGCGUAAGGCUGAAGAAGAAGCACGAGAGAAGGAACGGAUACGACUUGAAGAGUUGGAGAAACAACGUAAGGAAUUAGAGGAACGUAGGGCUCGAGAACAAAAGGAGAAAGAAGUCCGAGAAGCACAGGAAAGAGAAGAAAGAGAAGCCAAAUUAAGAGAGGAGGAAGUUGAAAGAAGGAAGCGAGAGGAACUUCAAAAGCUAGAAGAACAACUGCAGAAGGAACAACAAGAACUGCUUGAUCAGUAUAAUUUCAAUUACUUUGAUGAUUUAGGAGGAAUGAAUGAUAAGCCUGAAGUGGGGUUAGAUGAUCCUAAUGAUCUUCUUUUCAAAGAUAGUGAAUUUGGGGUUACUUUCGAUGAUGAUACAAGUAAGAAAGACUUAAUAGAUCUUGAAAUGAGUGAUGUUGGUGAUACUAAUAAUAGUAAUAAUAAUAAUGGUAAUAAUAAUAACUCCAACAACAAUAAUAGUCACAUUGACUCCACCCACACCAGCAAUAGCAACAAUAAUAACACUACUGCUACGAACAAUAACAACACCAACAAUAAUAAUAAUGAUAUGAAGAAUGAUAAGGAUUUGUCAGACAUGCAAAUGAAUGAACUAUUGGCUAAUGAUGACGAACUACUCAAUGGAUUGAAUAUCGAUAUGCUUGAUCUGAGAGAUCUUGGAGAUGGGAAUGCUAAUAUUGAUUUGGGUAAUGAAGAAGGUUUUGAUGUUGAUAGUUUCUUGAACCAAUUUGGUGAAUAUGAUUAA